UGUGAAAACGAAUUCCUUCGUUGAUGCCAUCUACUGGACUGUCGUCACUAUCAGUACCGUUGGCUAUGGCGAUAUCUCUCCAUCGUCAGACCCCAUGAAGGUGUUCACCUGCUUCUAUGCUUUCUUCGGGAUUGGGACGGUGGGGUUAAUGUUAAGUACAGGGGUGGCAUUUUUUUUGGAGAAGCAUCAGAAGCAAGUCCUGGGAGCGGUAGAGAAGGCAGUAAACAAGGCAUUAAAAAAAGUGAAGGGGGAGGGGGAGGGGGAGGAGGAAUCGGAUUCGUCAAGUGAUGAUGAUGAUGAUGACGACUUGGUUAAUCUGGAUCCCACAGGAUGGAAUUCGCGAGCGGUGUGGAGGGUGUGCCUCGCUCUUAUUCUCAUGCUCGGCGUGCUGGGAUCAGGCAUCAUUGUCCUCGUGUUCGUGGAGGGAAUGACCUAUGUGGAUGCGCUCUAUACCGCAUGCAUCUCAGUCUCCACCAUAGGAUAUGGCGACUACUCGUUCCAGACCGUGGAAGGACGAGUGUUUGCGAUCUUCUGGCUGCUGGCCGGUACAGUUGUGAUUGGAUGGUGUUUCGUCGAGCUUACAAAUGCAAAGUUAGAGACACAGAAGCAAAUCCUUCAGAAGCAACUGAUCGCCAGAAAUAUUAAGGAGGAGGAUUUCAUGGUGGCCGACCUGGACAAGGACAGCCGCAUCCACGAGUCCGAGUUCAUCGUCUUCAAACUGAGAGAAAUGUCGAGAGUAACGGACGAGGAGAUAAAAACGCUGAGGGAACGUUUCCGGGUCCUGGAUAAGAAUCAGGACGGCGUCCUUGAAAUGACGAAAAGUGGGCACUACAUGUGAGGUGCAUGAAGAAGAAGAAGAAGAAGGAGAAGAAGAAGAAGGAGAAGAAGAAGAAGAAGAAGAAGAAGAAGAAGAAGAAGAGGAGCUAGGUGAACGUUGUUGCGGUUUUCGAGAUACGAAUCAUAUGCCGAAAAGAGUGUGACCCUUUCCGAUGCCUCCUCACAGCUCCAGCAAAGGGCCUCAGUGACGGACAGGACAGCUGUCAGUGAGCAAAGUUGUUCGGGAAAAAGUGUAAGGACUCGGGUCGGGAGCCGCCACGGGGCCGAUGCGUACAUUGCACCGCUUUGCGUUUUUCAUGCAGUUGUGAGGGCACACUCACACAAGGUCGUUACCAAUCGCAGAAUCGCAAAAUCAGUGGCCAGGAAGAGUCCUUCUAAAAGGAGGACUUGAUCUGGCUGCUGAUUUUGCGAUUCUGUUAUUAUAACGACCUUGUGUGAGUAUAUACUCUGAUUGGAGAUACUUCUCUCUCUCUCUCUCUCUCAUGAUGACUGUUGUCUGGUCAGACACCAGGCGAUUGUCAGGUCAGAUGUCGGGCGAUUAUCAGGUCAGAUGUCAGGUGAUUGUCAGGUCAGAUGUCAGGUGAUUGUCAGGUCAGAUGUCAGGUCAAAUGCCAGGCAAUUGUCAGCUCAGAUGUCGGGCAAUCGUCAGGAAGAUGUCAGGCAGCUGUGAGGUCAGACGUCAGGUGAUCAUCAGAUCAUAUGUCAGGCGAUUGUCAGCUAAAAUGUCAGGCAAUUGUCAGGUCAGAUGUCAGGCAAUUGUCAGGUCAAAUGCCAGAAAAUCGUCAGGUCAAAUGCCAGGUCAGAUGUCAGACAGUUGUGAGGUCAGACAUCAAGUGAUCAUCGGGUCAGAUGUCAGGUGACUGUCAGGUCAGAUGUCAGGUGAUUGUCAGGUCAUACGUCAUGCAUUUGUCAGGUACAGAUGUCAGACAGCCGUGAUGUCAGACGUCAGGUGAUCAUCAGGUCAGCUGUCAGGCGAUUGUCAGGUCAGAUGCCAGGCAUUUGUCAGGUCAGAUGUCAGGUCAAAUGCCAGGUCAGAUGUCAGACAGUUGUGAGGUCAGACGUCCGGUGAUCAUAAGGUCAGAUGUCAGGUGAUUGUCAGGUCACAUGUCAGGCAAUUGUUUUUUUUUUUUUUUUUUUUUUGUCAGGCAAUUGUUAGGUCAGAUGCCAGGCAAACACCAGGUCAGAUGUCAGGCAACUGUGAGGUCAGAUGUCACGCAAGUGACGCAACCAUCAGGUCAGAUUAGUCGCUGCCACGCGUGCAUCUGGGGAGUAAAACUCUCUCCCCAGAACUUGUGAUCGUGGUGCACGCUCUCGCUUGCUUUCCUGCAUUCUCACGGCGUCCCCCCCGUUAGUGCGCACUCGUCGCGAGUUGGAGAGUUGGGUCGUGGAGAGGAAGUGCAGCUAUGAAGCUAAAACGACAAGUGUUUGGACAGGUGUGACAGCUCUCCGUGCGCUCUCCGAGUUCGCUGAAAGUGCAGAGUGGUGUAGUGAGACCCAUGCUCUCGAUUCAGGAUUGGCUUUGGAAGACCAAGCACGCUAAGGCUGAACGACAAGCGGAUGAACUCCAGCUUCACUCUGACGAAUGCUCUCAAUGAUCAAUUGCGAAGGACGGACCGUCGGGACCGCAACUGGACGAAGGUAUGGCUGAACGACAAGCAGAUGAGCUCCAGCUUCAGUCUGACGAAUGCUCUCAACGAUCAAUUGCGAAGGACGGACUGUUGGGACCGCAAUUGGACGAAGGUACGGCUGAACGACAAGCAGAUCAACUCCAACUUUACUUUGGCAAAUGCUCUCGAUGACGGACUGCGAAGGAACACAACUGCACCAUGUCCGUCAUCUGAUCAUAUACACCCCCUCUACUGUGGCUGCUGAAACAUCUGACAUUCGAUGCGAGGACUGUCCGAUGAAUGGUGCACACCCCUCUACUGGCUGCAUACUGUCUGACAUGCAGAGCUGUCAGGUCUGUCAGAUAAAAGGUACACCCCUCUACUGACUGCACACAGUCUUACAUUGGAUGUCAGAUUUGUCAGGUGGAGUGAUUAUGAGUAGGAUGUGGCAGAUAUUUUUCCGGUUAUCUUGCAGCUCUCUGAUGAGCAGGGGCUCGCUCCCACCGACUCCACGAGCGCGCGUUUUCACGCGUUUUUUCGUUUUUGGCCGUCGGUCUUCAUGAUCUACUGCCCCAAUUGAAAAGCGCGCACUAGUAGUGGGACCCUGCCGCAGAUCUGAUUCAGAGAGCUGAGAGAAGGGCUUGCAACCGUUGUUCGGAUUCCCGCGCCGAGAAGAUCCGAUUUGUGUGUUGCAACUGGGAUAUUGUGUGCUGCAGCUCUACGGGGCAGUUUCUGGAGUGUCAGGCGUCAGCACCGCUGUCAUGCCAGUUACAUGUAAGGGGGUUGUCUGAUGGCAGUGAUGGGGUUUCUCUGAUAUCCUUUGGCAGGCUGCUCCUCGCUGGUGGAGCACAUUGACGCGCGAUGAGAGAAAGGUUCGCGAUGCUCGGUCGAA